UGUUGAUGUUUGAAUAUGAAUAAAUGUGAAUGGUUAGGAUGUUUACAUAUGCCAAGAUCGUGGUUGAUACACCAAGGACUGACUGCUAAUCCUUUACAUGUCAUUUUUUGGACAAUUGACAAUACCUGCUAUGGUAUGAGUGUAUUCUUGGAAAACAACUUGGCGUUUGGCAGUUAAGGUCUGGAGAUCAAGUGGUCAAGAUGUUCUCAGGUGUCAGUUUCAGAUUUAUGCCUUAGUUCAGCCUUUUAUAGAGAUUUGAUAUUCCAGAAGUUAUUUGUCACGUCUUUCCAAGCCCCCAAAAUAAAUUGCUUGGUCUCUGGCAAAGGGGGUCGAGUCAAGUGCUAGUCUCAGUUUUGGUUGUGACAACCUGUCAUGUCAUCGUGCAUGCUGCUCCUGUUGCUGUUACUCUCAGGCUGGCUGUGGUCUCAGUGACUCCCCCCACCAGCCGUUUGCAUAUCCACUCUGAAUGGACCCUUCAGUGUGCUGCCACUUGUUUGGACUUGGACUCUGCUGGUUCCUGAGCGCCAACAAGAUCCUGACCUAAUGCAUGGAGUGUAAACUUUGAACAAACAUAGUCCAGACUGAGAGAUAAUUUCACGAUGUAUUUGGAAAACUCUGAGCCAGCUAAAGUCUCUGGAGAAGGAGAGCCAGCUGAAGCCAUGCUUGCAGAACAAGCUGCAGAUUUAACCAACCCUUCAAAGGGAAGUGCUGGACUUGGCUUAAAGGUCCUCGUGGAAUACACUGAGCAAACUGUCAGCAGAGAAAUGGACUCUUCUUUCCUAUGCAUGGAGCACUGCAACAUGAAUAGAGAUGAGACUAAAUGUACAUAUUGCAAUGGACAUGCUGAUAGCUUUGAGCAAUAUUCAGCAAGUGAAGGAUUUUUUGAAUCCGACCAGACCCUCGAUAAAUGUGACACUUCGGGGUUAAGCCAACCAUUUGACGAAUGUGUUCAACACUGUGAGUGUUUUAAACCUUGCAAGUCCUCUGAGCUUAGUGCUAAUCAUAGCUUAGCUUCCAAAUGUUGUCCUUGCUGUGAACACUGUGUAGAACACCUCCACUUAUUUCAACAAUGUAAGCCCUCUGGUCAGCAGUUUGAGUCUUUUGACUUUGAGCCAGAUAAAUUGUCAAUGAACUGUGGCAGUUUUGGAUUGUGUGAAAUGUCUGAUUAUAUACCAGAAAGCACAGAUCAGCUCGAGUUGUACGAGCCCUCUGAUCAGCAGAGUGACUCUGAAGCAGACACAUCAACAGAGGACUCUGAACAAUGUGAAAUGACUGGUUUCUCACCUAAUAUCUCUGACUCAGUGGACUUACUGGACUGUGACACUGGACUUUGUGAGUAUGACGAAAUUCAGAAUCAAACCGACUGCACAAAUGAUGAUGAUGAUGAUGAUGAUGAUGAUGAUGAUGAUGAUGAUGAAGAGAGCUAUUCUUCUGAACAAAAUGAAACAGAGGCCAGUGAUGAAGAGUCUUGCAGACCUUCAGAAGCUGUAAAUUCCCCACAUUUCAACACACCUGUUCACUUUGAUGACAGCGAACAUGUUAGCUUUACCAGUGAAUACUGUGAGAGAUACCUGGACACUGAAGAACACCCUCAGACAGCCACUGCAUUAGACAUGUCCACAGAUCACUGUGAGAUGUGUGGAAAUGAUGACGUUGAAACAAGCGAAGAGUAUGAGACAAAUCAACAAUGUGAAACCUCCGACAAAACCUCUGACUGCUCAGAGUUUUGCACUGAAGAAGAUGGCGCCUCAGAUUGCUCCUCUAUUGAAACCAAGUCCUUUAAGACUUGUCCUGAUGGCAGUAUCCCCUCAGAUCUCUGCUCUGACUCGUCCGGGGAAUCUGAAAAGGAAGCUCAGGAAGAUUCAAGUGAUGAGCAGACGCAGUGGGAAUCUUUUGAAGAAGAUGAAGAAAUCGAACAAAGCCAUCCUGACGAAAGCGAUGAGGAUAAAAAGAAAACGCCCACUGUUGAUAUUGUCAUUGAGGAUUACUUUGAUUUAUUUGACAGAGCUGACUGUUACGGACACGCGUUUGCACAAAAGCAACGUUACAUCUCCUGCUUUGAUGGCGGAGAUAUACACGAGUGCCUGCAUCUUGAAGAAGCACAGAAACAUAGAGCCAAAAAUAUCUGUACAUUUGAAGAAAUCAAUAAGGGAAUUGAUGUACAGGAAGCCGAUGUAUGUUUUGAUGUAUGUCCUGAAGAAGCAUGUGAAGAGGCAGCAGACGCAACCACCGGAGAGGAUUGUGAGUCAGAGAAAAAACCUGAAGACUGGAUCAUAGAUUCAGAAUCAGGUUUGGCAGAAGUUGAAGACGACGAGUGUGAAGCCCAUGCACUUUAUGCAGAGGAUUACGAAGAAGCAGAGGAAGAUGAGGACACUUUUGAUGGAGAAACUUGUGCAUCUGAGGACCAAGUUUCUGAAAUCUGUAAUGAGGAAGAAGCUGAGGUCUGCCGGCCUCCUGGUAAAGAGGAGAGAAUGUGUGCACCAUGUGCCGAGGACAUCUCUGUUGAAGGUGAUGCUUAUGAAGACGAGAUCUACAAUGCCAAGAGUCAUCAAUCUCUUCGUGAUGGUACCUCUACAACUGAUCACAUACAGACAACUGUUAUUGAUCACAAAAAGGAUGAGCCUGAAGAUAAAGAAUUUAUUGAAUGUUCAGAAAUGGAGCCGUAUUGGUCACUUGUAGAUAAUGAAGAUAAUAGAGAGGCGCGUGAACCAGGUGUUGAGGAUUACCAUGCAUAUCAGAUUAAAAGCGUUCAGUCAUCUAUUAAACAAGCCCUGAAAGGACUUGAAAGAAUAUCGUACGAUCGGAUAAUCAAUGGAAAAGUUAGUGGGGAUGCUUCUAGUGAAGAGACUGAGUCACAGGCCCCUGGAGUUUGCUCAGUGGAGAGCAAAUCAGUCAGAUUCGGGAUUACUGAAGUUAUUGAACUGAGUGAGACCUCAGCCAGCUGCUCUGCUGGGAACAAUGAACAAACUCCAGAACCAGACGAUGACUCUGAGUUAAAUGAAAUAAGACCUCCUCUAGAUAUUAUUCACAGCGUUCUCGCAGAACACACCAAAAACAAGGGACCGGACGCACAGACUGAGGGAAACGGCGACUCUGAACAAAGCGGGGAUUCAGAAGAGGAGCAGAGUGACGAUGAAUCCUCUUGGACUUGUGAAUGCGAGUACUGCAUUCCACCGAUAGAGCAGGUUCCUGCAAAACCAUUGCUCCCACGGAUGAAAUCGAAUGACGCAGGGAAGAUCUGUGUGGUCAUUGAUUUGGAUGAAACAUUAGUGCAUAGUUCAUUUAAGCCAGUGAACAAUGCUGAUUUUAUCAUUCCAGUGGAAAUUGAUGGAACAGUUCACCAGGUGUAUGUGUUAAAGAGACCCCACGUUGACGAAUUCCUCAAGAGGAUGGGAGAAUUGUUUGAGUGUGUUCUGUUCACUGCAAGCUUAGCCAAGUACGCAGAUCCUGUGUCUGACCUGUUGGACAAAUGGGGGGCCUUCCGGAGCCGUCUCUUCCGGGAGUCCUGUGUCUUCCACAAAGGGAACUAUGUAAAAGACCUUAGCCGUUUGGGAAGAGACCUCAACAAGGUCAUCAUCAUCGACAACUCCCCAGCAUCCUACAUCUUCCAUCCCGACAAUGCAGUUCCUGUAGCAUCCUGGUUUGACGACAUGUCAGACACUGAGCUCCUCGAUCUUAUCCCCUUCUUUGAGAGACUAAGCAAAGUGGAUGACAUCUAUGAUAUUCUCAAGCAGCAGAGGACUUCAAGUUAACAGAGGCAGGGCACUAGGAUUAAAAUAAUCACCAGUGGCUGUUGUCACGGGGCCACGGAGGCUGGUGGGCCACAGGCUGCACACUGCUUCCCACUACAAGGACCAUACUGCAAAAAAAAAAAAAAACCUUUAAUUUAAUCUCAUAUUCUCAUAGUAUAUUACAUAAAAAGUAAAAAUUAAUCAUCAAUCAAUAAAUCAAUCAAUCUUGUAGCUGGGUUUGGUGCUUCAGCAUUGACAGUUAUUUAAUCCCAGUGUCAGAUUUUCUUUUUAGUAAUUCUACAUACAGAUUUAUUAAUAUGAGAUUAAAUGACCUCUGUAGAUAUCUUUUUCAGUACAGCUAGUGUUGUUGUCGUUGACAGCAGUGACCUAUGUAAGUGUGCUGUAAACCUAGACUGUGUGAACAAAUGUUCAGUGCCAUUCUACGAAUGAACCACAUCAAUCAUUUUUAUGUCAGUGCGAUGUAGCAUUUGGAUCAGUAUUUGAAGUUCUCACACACAACAUAACAAGUCAUUGAAAAUGGUCCUUUGAAUCUAAUUAAGCUCGUUGUGUUUGUUUAUUUUUCCUUUUUGUUUUUUGGCAGAAUGUGUAUGUAGGAAAAGUCAAUCAUUAACUCUGGAAAACUCGUGUUUAAUAAUUUUGUGACACAUUUCACUACAAAUUGCACAUUUUAACAUCCAUCAAACAAUGUCCACCUACUGUUUGUGGUCCAGAAAUAAACCCUAUGGUUUAGCUUUAGCAUUUAGAAAAGAAACGACAUCCAGUAGUCCCUGCCAUUGAUUGUAGUCCUCAUUCACCACAUUACGAUAAUUGAUAAGGUUAAUCAUUAUAUUCUAAUAUUAAUACAAUCUAAUUAUGCAUAAUAACCCUUUAAGGUUCAGCACAACACAAGACUUCUACUAUAAAAGUCAGGAUUUAGUGGACAGUUAAAGAUGAACUAAUAGACUGACUGAUAGGACCUUUCAUACACAGAUGUACCACUGCAGAAAUGGUGACAUUAUUUUUGUACAUACAAUCAUUUUGAUUAGAUUUUUAAUGUUAUUUUAUCUAAUGUUAUUUUAUCUUUUGAGUUUUAGUUGAAUUGCCCACCACAGUGUGUGGCUCAUCAGUAAUGCAAUACUGUUUAUGUGUGCAGGAGGAGGUUGUGACCUGCUAUGGCGUCUCAGAUAAGUUUGUCCUUUUAUUUUGAAAGCACACUUUGAUGUCUCCUGUCGCUAAACUUGAAUUUGAGCUUUUUUUGUGUCAGACAAUAAUGGAGUCAAGUGUCCUGCCUUAUCGAUCUGUAGAUUCAGUUUCAUAGGGGAAACUUGUGCCAGAAAUGUUGUAGCCCUGAUUUACUUUGCCUCGGUCUGGAGCGAGUGUGUAUGUUCGUAUGUGUGUGCGUGUGUGGCUUUCAGUGUGAUUGCAUCAGUGUGAGUAUUUACAUUAGUUUGAGAUUUUAAAGAAAAUGCUUUGACAAUACGUGAACAACAUAACCUGUCUUGGAAUAACGAUUUACUUUUUUUUUUUUUUUUUUUACUGUAUGCAACCAGAGUAUUAACAUUUUGACUCAAGUAAAGAAACUGGUCAAGUGAGUUUUUAAAUUGCUGCUGAUAAAUUGUAUAGAUUGAAAAAAAAAAAGACAACUAGAGAUAUAUUUCUACCUUGCAUCAAUAAAGCAUGUUUUAUUGAAACAGG